UCAUGUUUGGCAGUUACAACAAGUUCAACAACAAGGUCUAUGGGUAAGUCUUCCAUCUAGCACGGUGGACCAGUGAACCUAUCUACUAACUUGGCUAGUAGAAUAAGGAAACUAUCCGCUUCCUAGGCUCUGUAGAACAAGGAAACUAUCCACUUCCUAGGCUAGUAGAACAAGAAAACUAUCCACUUCCUACUUCUUAGGUUAGUGUACCAACGAAGCUAGCCACUUUCUAAACUUGUGGACCAACAAACCUAUCCACUUCCUAGGCUAGUGUAACGAGGCCAUCCACUUUCUAAACUAGUGUACCAACGAACGAAAACGUCCAGGGGUGACUACAAAAUUCUCCGAGGGGACAAAAAUAAUAUGGGGAAAGGAAAAUUUAAAAUUAACCCCGAUAUUGAAAUUUUAAGAAUUAAAAUUGAAAAAACAAUUAUAUUCCUAUUAAAAUUCCUUUUUGGACAAUAACUUGUGUUGAUAAUGUCAUUUGCUGACAAACGGUGUUGUGCAUACUGUAGAAACUAAUUUUUUUUACACAUUUGUAAAGCUAAUACUUAUAUUCCUGUGUACUUCCUUCACGUUUUAGUGAAAGACGCCUCCUGAAUUGUUGAUGAUCACAUUUUGAUAUCUCCACACAGGGAUGCGCUGUUGAUUGGCUUCAUGGAUCUUAUCACGAGUGUCAUCGCUGGCUUCGUUGUCUUCUCGACAUUCGGUGGUAUGGCAAAGGCAAUCGGCAAACCAGUCUCUGAUGUGGCUAAAGGUGGUACGUAUACAGGCAGUGUUUCCUACGUCCCGAUGAUGGUUUGUAUAUUUUGGCUAUUUUACAGAAUGAAAACGAAUGACCCACAUGUGGCAAAAUUGGUGGAUUUCGUUUUAAAAUCAGGCUGGGAAUUUUUUACAUUUUACAGUGGAACAUAAUUAUCUCGACCUCGGUUAAUCGCCAACCCUGUUAGUCGACGUUUUUGAAGUGGAAAUGCCAAAUUCUAACUUUGUCUUAGCAUUUUCUUGUUAUGUUGAUUCUUUAUGUCACCGAACCCUGAUAUCUUGAGCACAAAAGGCGGCCAAAUUUGAAACUUAAAGUCAGUUAUCUCGAUCCCCAUGACCAAUCGCCGGCUUUUGAAAAUAUAUAUACAACAGAAACAUGCUUACUUCAAACUAGUAAUUUAAAUGGAAUGACAAUAUCGUUGUCGGUGCAAUUAACUUGACACAGCGAGAAGCGAGGAGCAAGAGGCUUGCAGACAAAAGACUGAGGUGGCGGUACCUUUUCUAUUAAUAGCAAAACCACUUAUCACAGAGUAGGCUUUCUCGUGUUCUUACACAUCGAUUUUUUUUUUAAAAAAUCUGUAUUUGAAUAAACUGAACUGGCAAAUCAGGGACGAGAAAAAAUAAAAGCUUGCGAAUCCGGAGUUUAAAAAUAUUUAGCCUCACGAAUCCAGAAUUCUGUGUUGUCCGGUAAAAUGGCACCCCACGUAUGCCUUGUGUUGUUAGCAAACAUGUUUUUACAUUUUUAUAACAUACCAAUCGCUUCAUCAAACAAAUCGGGGUAAUGCUGUUUUUUAAAAAAAAAAUUCCAAAAACAUGUUCAUGUACACUCAUUUAUAAACGCACAUCAUGUAAAUAAAGAAAUUUCAAGCACAUAUAUAUUGCCACCAUAUUGGUUUUCGGUUAUCUCGAUCAUUGGUUAUCUGAAUGCUUUUUGGCAAACCCCUAGGUCGGUGACAUAAUCGGGUUCGACUGUAAAUGGUGAAACAAUGCAAACCACCCCACCCCACCCCCUCCACCCCCUGUAAAAAGUGCGGUGGCCUCGAGGCACAUGUGUCCUUUAAUAAGUCCUUGUUAAUUAUUUAGUUACCAUUUACUUCUACUGAUUAAGAGAUUUAGUGUGUGGUGGGGUGUCAAUACUAAUUAUUAAUUUAGUAACUUCAACUUUUGUUAUUGGUGGGUAACUGGAAUAUCUUGUUUUGGUACCUUCACCUAUCUAGGCCUCGGGCCCUUAUGCUUGGAGAAACAAACAAAGUCAUCCAAUCAUUUAUGUGGGUAAACUGCAGUUGCAAAAGCCCAUUCUCUCCCCCCCCCCCCUUCCAACCCAUGGCCUAUUUAAAUCUUUUACUGACCAUUACAGUUUAAUGACGUAUAGCAUCCAAUCAAACUUUUCCAGACUUAAAACAGUAUCCAUGUGUAACAUGUAUUUUCUCACCUUGUUACCCACCGCACCAGGUUAAAGUCUGGCGUUUGUCGUGUACCCUGAGGCCUUGUCCAACCUGCCGCCAUCACAGCUGUGGUCCGUCUUAUUCUUCUUCAUGUUGUUCACACUGGGCCUGGAUUCUGAGGUAAGACAACAUUUGUGAUAACUUCUUAAAUAGAAUCAAACAUUAGUAAUGAAUUAUUUUUCUCCAGUAUUCAUAUUUAGACUUUUUUUGAACGCCAGUAUUUAUAUUUAAGCAAUAAAUUAUGAAACAUUAGAUGUGCAUGCUUUAUUUGUUACUUUAUAACACGCACUGGGGACAGUGGUGGUCAGUGUUCUUCUUUACAUUUAUAGUUUGGAUUUUUAGCAAUGAGCAACCAGUCUCUCAACUCUGACCUGCCAACCUCUCAACUCUGACCUGCCAACCUCUCCACUCUGACCUGCCAGUCUCUCAACUCUGACCUGCCAGUCUCUCAACUCUGACCUGCCAGUCUCUGUCUCUUCUCUUUAACCCCACUGUCUCUAAGACCUUAUCUCCAUUCCUCAGUUUGGCCUGAUGGAGACGGUGCUCACCUGCAUGCAAGACGAGUUCCCUACGACCAGGAAGUACAAAAGUGCCAUUUGUAUAGGUAUGGCCGUGGCGUGUUUCUUUAUGGCCCUCCCAUGCACAUGUCCAGUAAGCAAUCCCAUGUUUCUUUAUAGUUAUUAAGUAAGAACUGUUGUUGCAUACUUAUGGGUGACAUGGCUUCCGUUGGUAAAAUAGAGGUGAGUUUUGGUUUUGAGCGAAAGGUAUAGACAGAAGGCAACUGAGCUGACACAUGCCAGUUAGGUACACGUCAAUACACGUCAAGUUGUAUUGUAGCACUUGACGGUGCUAAGCCCUGGUCAUACAAGACGAGCACAGGGAUGGUCAGACCUAAGGACAGUCAAUAGUCAGUCUACAAUAAAUAUGUACUGCAUUAUCAUCUGUGACACACAGCGAUGUUGAAAAACCAAAAAAUACAAUCCACAAAGUAGAGAUUGGUGGUCAUGUACUGACCACCACUACGUCAAGGUAGUUUGCAACAAAUCAGGACUGAUUAAUAACGCAUCUCAUUCACAAAUGUGCUAGACCUAUGUGCGUGUAUCGUACAAGGUAUUUGUGUGUAUGUGUUUGGGUCAGUUGUCUGUGACACCAUUCAUUUCCCUCCUCCUACGGCGGUGACUACGUUGUGACCAUCAUGGACCACUAUGGAGCUGACUUCUUGGUGCUGUGUCUGUCCUGUAUCGAGGUCAUCUCUGUUAUGUGGGUUUACGGUGAGUGGAUAGUUCUAGAUAAAAUAGUGUAGGUGAGUGGAUAGUUCUAGAUAAAACAUGGUAUCAACCCACCACAAAUCCUUUCCUGGGUUAGAAUAAAUGUGAAUGGGAAUUUGAGAAUAGGUGUAGUGUUUUUUCUUUUUGAAGAAAAAUUACCAUAUUUUUUUUCGUCAAACUUUCUAUUUUAAAAAGUGGGGUUCCCAGCCUGUUAUUUGUAAAUGCCAUAGAAAUUUGUUUGUGAUGGGUUGAAACCGUGAAUGUAAAUGGCUUGUGAAAGAGUUGCUUAAUCUUCUUUAGCUUUUACCCAAAACAUAAAUGGAUCCAGGGCAUUUAAAAUGUUGAGAACCCCCGUAAAUUCGACAAAUUUCUGGAGCAACCUAGGCUACAUGAGCUUGAACAUCCAAUGCUGUCUAUAUUACAACUAUCAUAAUUCCAACAGAAACACCAAGGGAUCACCUAUGUGUUCCCAUAUUGUUUAAUUAGAAGCAGACGCUGCUGGGUACUAUGGGGAUACUUAGAGGUAGAGGGUAAGUGACGCGUUCUUCUCAUAACAAAUGAUUUGUGUGUGUGUGUUUUCUACAGGUUUGUUCAAUUUUUUAAAAGACCUCCAAAUGAUGCUCGGAAGCAAGCCCCGGCGGGGAUGGCCCUACUGGGUGCUUUGUUGGGGGUUGUCAUCACCUCUACUUAUAGGGGUCAGUGCAUACUCUUACUCGUAGGGCGCCGUCAAGCAUAAUCUCUUGUCUAUGUUUAAUCUACUACCCACCCCUUCUGCCACCUCAACUCUCCACAAAAAAAAAAUUAACACAAGCAUAAUUUUUUUACACUAAUUUAUUUGGUACACUUAAAGCAGGGGUGUCAAACUCAAUUGCUCGUCAGGCCAAAACUCAAAUCACAUUUAAGGUUGCGGGUCGAACAGGAUGAACAUUCAAUAAGUGGAAAAUUAAUAUUUUUUUAAAAACAUUUAUAUAAUAAAAAUGAAAACAGAAAAAAAAAUAAUAAAAAAUCAUUGGCAUACCCAUUUUGCCAAUUUGUCAGAGUUCGAUGUUUGGCACAAGUUCGUUUAUCUCGGAAGUAACGGUCUGUGUCUUUGAGAUUCUCAUGAUGGACUCCAAGUGUUCAUCAGUGAGACAAUUCCCGUGUGAUGGUUUGUUCAUCUUCAUCAAAGAAAACAGUUUCUCACACAUAUAUGUGCUACCCAACAUACUCAAGGUUUGAGACGCGUGAAGACCAAGCUGGGGCAUCUCUUCAGGAAUGAAACGAGUUAACUGUGCUGGCCCAACUGUGUCGUAGUUUGCCUUUAGUGUCCCAUUACACUGCAGCUCUAUUAGCUCCAUCUGAAAAUUUACUGGUGCAGUUUUCAUGUCUAUGACAAAUGGGUUACGAAACAGCUCGAAAGUACAUUACUGUGCUUCAAAGUCACUAAAGCGCCGUGUGAACUCGGCGAGAUGUAAGUUAAGUUUUUCAGCAAAGUGUGCAUUGGGAAACACCAUAGCGUUCGACUUGGAUAUAAUUGUACGCUGGUCAAGACGACGGGGGUCUGAUAUAAUUGUACGGUGGGUCGGAUGUGGCCCCCGAGCCUUCAGUUCGACACAUGUGACUUAACGGUACCAACACAUUUUGUGUUUUAUAUUGAAGAGUAGCAAUGGUUGCAGGCGUCGAAGAAAUUCAGAGCAAGCCCAAAACCACAUUUACAACUCCACCCAAGUAAACCAAAAACACAGCAAAAUAACAACAAAACUUAAGCAUCAUUAAAGAAAUGAUGACCUGAUGAGUUUGUGUCUCCUUCCAUUUCAGCUCCUGUUCAUCUAUAGAAUGGUAACUCACAACCCACCCACGUAUGACGACGGCACACCAUA